GCAUCCGGGCUCCGCCUCCUCUCCUCGCCAUUGGUAGAUGCUAGGUGGGUGGGCGUGGCCACGGACUUCCCUCUCCUGCUGAGAACUACACGUCCCAGGUGACACCGCGAGCGCGCUGGCUGCUUUCGGGGCUGGUGGCGUUCUUUCGGGUCCGCAGCGGUUUUGCUUUCCGACCGCCCUCGACCUCCCGCCGGCGUCUUUCUCUAGCCGAGUCCCCGGCUUCAGCUGAGGCCUACUUUCCCCUUCUCUGGCGACAUGGCGCGGCCGUCCGUGCCCAGCUCUCAAAAGGCGUUGCUGCUGGAACUGAAGGGGCUUCAGGAGGAGCCCGUGGAGGGCUUCCGAGUCAGCCUGGUGGACGAGGGGGAUCUCUACAACUGGGAGGUGGCCAUCUUCGGACCCCCCAAUACUCACUAUGAGGGCGGCUACUUCAAGGCUCGUCUCAGGUUCCCCAUUGACUAUCCUUAUUCACCACCUGCCUUCAGAUUCCUGACCAAGAUGUGGCACCCUAACAUAUAUGAGACGGGAGAUGUUUGCAUCUCCAUCCUUCACCCGCCAGUGGACGACCCGCAAAGUGGGGAGCUGCCUUCGGAAAGGUGGAAUCCUACUCAGAACGUGAGGACGAUCCUCCUUAGCGUGAUCUCGCUGCUCAAUGAACCAAACACCUUCUCUCCGGCCAACGUUGACGCUUCUGUGAUGUACAGGAAAUGGAAGGAGAGCAAAGGGAGGGAUCAGGAAUAUACCGAUAUCAUCAGGAAGCAAGUCCUUGGAACCAAGGUGGAUGCUGAACGCGACGGAGUCAAGGUUCCCACCACGCUGGCAGAGUAUUGCGUGAAAACAAAGACCCCUGCGCCAGAUGAAGGCUCCGACCUCUUCUACGAUGACUAUUAUGAGGACGAUGAGAUGGACGAUGAAGUUGACAGUUGCUACGGCGAUGAGGACGACUCUGGCAACGAGGAAUCUUGAUGAGGGAUGCCUCCCCGGCCCCUCCCCCCUCUUCUCCCCCUCCCUUUUGCACCGCUGCCUCCUGAGGGGAGCAAUAAACUUAUCUUGACUUUUUUUUGUACUUGAACCCAGGAGGCGACAAGCAGCUGAGACCCGGAACCCUGUUUAGCCCUGAGACAAAACUCUCUACCUCAAAAAAAAAGGGAGACUCGGCUUCUGCUUGUGGGGGGAGGGGGCACUGUGCUGUAGGACACCUUGGCUUCGGGCAGCCCUUGCAGGGUCUGCAGUUCCACGUUCUCUCCAGCUGAGAGUGCGGGAAAGGGAGGGCAGCCGUUCUGACAGGCCCAUCCCCGGUUGCUGGAAAUCAAGCCGGUGCUUCUACUGGCAUGAAGGGGAACGCAAAGGACACCCAGCCCUGCGAGCGGCGCAGUGUCUCUCUGUGGGCGCGCGUGCUGGUUUUUUUCAAAUGCCGCGUUACUUUGGGGGAAUUCGUAGCAAGGGCUGCUUAGGAAAGCAGGGUGGGCAGAGUAGGUGGUUGAGCACAUUGGCUGUAGUUUUAACUAGCCUGUUUUUUUUUUCUUUAAAGCAUUGAAGCGAUUUUCAUCGGAGCCCUACUGAAAUUGCAGUGCCACGUUUAGCCACUGGAGGGCCUUUGUGUACUGCUGCCUAGUUCUAGGUGGUCUAAACUCCUCUAGCUGCCUGGGCAGAGGCGUCAUUUGCAACUUUUUUGGGCAUUUGGAACUAGCAUAUAUUAGGAAACCAGAGGCGCUGUUGGAAAGAGGUGGGAGUUCAUGGGCACACAAUGAUGGGGGGGAGCUUUUUUUUUUUGUCAACACAGGGUGGAGGUUCUUCCUUUUGAGGUCUUAUUCCCCCCCCCCUCCCUCUUUGUUUGAAGCUAUUUAAUAAAAGGACUUUGAAAUGAA